UGGGGUCCCCAUUGCCCCCCCCAUGCUGAAUAUGUUGGGGGUCCCCAUUCCCCCCAGUUCAGAGGUUGGUGGGGUCCCCAUUCCCCCCCAUGCUGAGUAUGUUGGUGGUAGGGUGGUGGUGCCCCCUCUCAUUCCCCCCUUCAGAUGCGGAGCAGGGUAUGCUUGCCUGCACCUGCCUCGUGCAGGAGGGUGAGGCCCUCUCCAUGCCAGGCCGCACAGUGUGACUGGUGCUACAGUCAGGCUGUGUUUUAUUCCCAUGGGGUGUGCGUGAUGUUGCACAGAGCCUGCCUUUGCUUGCACAGCACGUGCACGGGCACGUGGGGGUUUCUGGGGCACGCGUGGGUGAAUAAAAUCAGAUGAGCAUGUAUAGGCGUGUGUACAAUGGCACAGGUUACCAGAGCAGGUGUGGGUGUAACAGCUCAUGGCUGUGCAAAACCUUGAACGUGUGCACGGUGCUUUAGGAGAAAUAUGUUGACCUCUGGGCAUCUUGGGCAGAAAGAAUUAGGGCAGGAGCAGAGAGGUGGCGGGCAUGCCCCCCUCCAAGGGGAAGCCUCCGUUAGAAAGCGGCUGCCGUGAAGCGAGGGGGCUCUGAAGAGGGUUUGGCCAGGGGCGAGUCGGCUCAUGCCGUGCACAGAAUCGGCCUGGAAAUGCCAAGUGCAAGGGCCAGCGUUGGAGGAAGGAGCAGACGUGGCAGCAGAUGCCAGGCUGGCAGAGCCUGGGAAAGGAGCAGAGAGCGAGAACUCCAGAGGUUCAGCAGGUCUGUUUGUGUGUGAUGUGGGGAACGCAGCCCCGGCUCCAGGACUUCUGAACAACAUCUUUGUGCCAGUUACAUGAGGAAUGAGGCAAAACCAGAUGUAAUCGAGGCCUGAAGAGAGCGAGAACCUCGGGCGGUCCAUUUAUCCUAAUGGAAAAUCAGAGCUUUCAUGUCACAGCGUGGAAAGAUCAGGUGGGGGGAGCGCCAGAGGGGAUGGAAGACAUUGUCGCUGCCUGCCUUGCGGAUAAAGAGUCACAAGGCGAAUGCUCAAAGCUUGCUCCAGAAGUGAACGGUGAAAAGGGGCCAUCAAACAUUGAAGGGUCUUCACUUGGCCCUGGAAACUGUGACAAAGCGCUGCCGUCAGAAGAAGCGCUUAAGGAAAAAGCUAGUGUUGCUGGGGGGGCUUUUGAAAGCCCUAAAAUAAGUGGCGUCACCGGUGAUGACAAUAAGGGACGCAGAGCUGUCCCAAGUGAAACCCGCUUUGUGAACUCGCCGCAUCUUGAUCAAGCUUUAGAUGAAAAUAAUAGCAGAGAGCGCCAGAGCGCUCCAGAAAUCCCACAUCUUGAGGCCUUGGGGAAAAAAGAGAAGUUGUGCAAUGUAGAAAAUGUGGAAGUCCGAGGUCCUGAAGAAGCAGCGACGUUGCAGGAAACAAGGUUGCCCGGUUCGGGAGGUGUCAGAACAGAAGCGUGUCUUAACUGGGAAGGAACCACAGUGAAAGCACUGCUAAGCCCAGUAGAGUUUGCAGGACCUGUUUCCGUCUUCCGGGAGCAGGGAACAUCCAGGUCACCCAACGGCCCUGGUCCAGAAAAGGAGGAGGAAGAGCUUUUCAGCAUUCACACCACAGCUGGCAACGACCCAGUUGCAGGCGAGAGAGUGGGAGAAACUCCUGUUUCAAAUGAGGAUGGGAGUGAUGAACACUCAGCAGAUUCUUUGAACGGGGUCAGACAGAACAAGGUGCCAUUGGAGAGGGAAGGCGAGAUGGCCGGAGAGGGUUUCACUUGCAGCAGAAACUCUGAUGUCAGAGAAAUAAAAGGAGAAGAUACAGAUUUUAAGGAAGAGAUCAUUACAGCUUGCGAGCCUUUGGGAAGUCCUAAGAGAAUGUGUGGCAGGAACAAGAUAAGCCUUAUGAAGCCAAGUUACGUAGUCUUGAAAGAUCUCAGGGACGAGUUAAAAGAAAAAUAUAGAUAUUCGUUAAUGAGCUCAAGUGGCGAGAGACUGUCAUUGAACACCCAAAAGGAGAGAGAGACCGUUUUCUCUGACGCGUUACAAAUCACUUUGCGUGGGGGUUUAGAAGAAAGCAACACUAAGAAACAAAAUAAAGUCCCCAACAUUAAGACAGGGGUGCAAAAUAAGAAUUCAAAUAACGCAAAGAUCACAGAGAUCAGUAGGUCAGAGAAAGGAGUCACUUCCACAGGAUCGAAUGGUAUUGAUACGGAGAUUCACUGCGCUAUUGAAGAAACCCAAGAAAACGGAUCACUAGUGGAAAUGGACUCUUCAGAUUAUUCAGAUAUGUGUGAGCAGGGCAUUUUCGCUAAGCUGUCUCUUCUGGAAGACAGGCAGAAGAGUUCCUCAGUGGAUGUGUUACGUAUACCGGAGGUGUGGGGAGUACAGCCGGAUCCUUCCCCUCUCUCCAGCAUGACCCCUGAGAAAGAGCAGGAAAAACACGGAAAGGUAGUUCCCAUUGAAACGCUUAUAAAACACUGGAACAAAACAGAUAGGGAGUUAGGGAAGGAUAACAUAUCUGAUAGCUCCCUAACAGCGGAUUCUAAUAGAAAGGGAUGUGAUUCCAGAUGUUCAGGAGGAAACCGGACCAGUCGUAUUAGCCAGUCCAGCAGAAUUGUUCUGGCACCUGAGAAUACUGUUAAGGGUCUUAGAAGAAAGCCGAUGGAAGAGACUUCUGCAGAUCUAUCAGUCAACAAGACUCAGCGCAUGCUUGGUGACAAAAAGCUGCGCAAAGCAUGUUGUCUCCUCCCUGCUCGUAGUGAAGAAGACAGAAAUAUCGCAGACCGGGAACCCAUUUGCAUUUCCUCAUCCAGCGCGGCAAAGUACGAAACUCCUGUGAAGCGCGAGCUUUCUCGCACGACGGAGAGCCAUCUUGCUCCAGUGGAAAGCCCAGCGCAGAAUUCCUUGGAGGAAGCUGAAGAAGUCUUCCACGAGCAGCCGAAUGCAGAAGAGCAGAAAUCCUGCAACCAAAGAAACUUCAAACCCAGCCGGGAAAGCGAUGACGGUUCUUGGUUUCUGAGCAAGAUUGCAGAGGAGUUGGAGGCUGCGUGUGUUGAUGCUGAGCACAAGUCAGUGCAACAGGACUCUAAAAGGGAGUGUUUCGGUCCUGCUGAGGUUGCUCUGCUAUCACAAAGCACGGAGGUGUCUGUGUCUUGGAGAAACAAGGCCAAGCGUUGUUCUCCCUCUGGCAUGCAAAGCAACAAGUACCGUGAGAUAAGAAGCAGGGCAGCUCUUUUUUCCCCCAAACAGGACAAAGAUGAAGAAAUUAGCAGUGUAGGAAAGAAAGUGGAUCCUGAACCUGCCCAAGAAACGAGGCGUGAAGGGGAGGAAGAGGACACUUUGGUUCAUCAGCUGAAGGGCGUGCAAAUUGUGUGUUACAACAUGUGUGGGUCAGUAGUCAGACUCCUGGGAGCCCCCAGCAAGGCCCAUAAGACAAGCAGACUGAAGAGGCUGCUGGAGCUGGAGGAUUCAUCGGCUGGUAAAAAAAUGUCUAAGCCGAACUGGGGAGUGACCAGCAGCAAGGCUCCGAGGGCACGUAAGAGAGCGAGGCUGGAGGGAUCAGAGCAUGUGUCAAAUGAGGGAUCUGUUGAUUUGCAGCCUGCUCAGAAGGAAAUUAAAGACAGCGACUGUAACGCGGUGCUGCCUAAGAAAACAAAGAGGCUCCAGAAACCGUAUGCAGCACACAUGCUUUGGCAAAGGCCUUUGAACUCAGAUGACGAUAAUGAGAAGAGGAGGAGGAGAAGGGCAAGAUCUCUCCCUAAGGAAGCUUCUGUUUCUGUUCCUAGUUUGCCGCUGUCUGCAGAACAAAUUCGGGUUAAAGUAAUUGACUCACUGCGUGGGAUGCUACAGAAAAGGUUGGAGGAAUCUCUUGAUCUGGAUGUCCCCGAAGACACGAUAAUGAGAUUAGCAAACAACAUCGAGAAGGAAAUAUUCCGCCUCUUCCUCUGUGUUGACCAGCGCUAUAAAAACAAGUACCGCAGUCUCCUCUUCAACCUGCGAGCACCAAAAAACAAGCUCCUCUUCCAGCAGGUGGUUCUUGGUGAGGUGACGCCACAGCGCCUGGUUCAAAUGAAUUCCCUGGAGAUGGCACCAAAGGAGUUGGCAGAGUGGAGAGCCAGGGAGCACAAGCAGGUGCUGGAGGUGAUAGAGAAACAGCAGCAAGAAGCACCAAUGCGUUGCUCCACAAAACUGACCCACAAAGGAGAACUAGAGAUACACAGAGAGAUGGAAGAGAACGUCACCUUGGAAGACCUGUUUGAAUCAGUGUUAUGUAUGGAGAUGCUGCCAAUUCCCCAGUCUGCUACAGAGUCUGAGAAAGACACCACAGACCAGCAUAAAAGUCACUUACUGGACCUGGAUUGCCAUAUCUGUACUGCAGAGCCAGGCCCUAAUGGCGAAGAAGGGUUUAACCCAUCAAGGAACAAAUCGCUCUCUCGGAAGAAGGAAGCAGAGCUCUUCAGAAAAUUACAUUCAACCAGAGUCUGUUCAGCCAGACGGAGCCAACACUCGGAGAACAAGAGGCCUGUCUCCUCCGGCAUCCUCAGGAAGGAGCCGAGGCUGCAGAAGCCCCUGGAUAAGAGCACGGUGCUGUGGGAAGGAUCCAUUCAGAUGUUCAGCAUCAAAGAGUUUUUAGCCAAAGCGUAUCCAGUUUCAGGCUACGGCAGCCACCUCGUUCAGGCUCUACCAGCACAGAUCCAGUCCAGGGGCUGUACUCUCCCGGAGGACGUCUGGGAUUUUUUAGACAGCAUCUGGCCAGCUGAAGCCAAGCAGAUGAGUGUGAUACGAUUCUACCCUGCUGUGGCCCAGGCCAUGGGCACUUACAACAUGCUCUAUACAUAUUUGAACAACAAGCAGAGAUAUGGCAUUGUGGACAGCAAGCAGAUGGAAAUGUUCCUGGUGCCUCUGCCAGCCUUCCAGCCAGUUCCUGCCAAAUUCCACCCCCAGGGAGGCCCAGGUCUUGAAGCAAAUCAUUCUAGUUUAUUAUUAGGGCUGAUCCUCCCAAAGGCUGCUCCUGGAAAGGCCCCUGCAAGCAGCCUAAAGCCCAGUCUCUCGACGGGAACCAAAAGGAAGAAAGUUACUUUUAAAACCGACCUCGUGACCGAAUGCUUUGCAUUUGCACCACAGAGUCCUGGGAGCAAACAGGAGCUGGCCCCCGCACCCCUGAGCAAGCUGCUGUUUAGCAGUGAGUGUUCCCCACUGAUUUCUCAUGGCCCCGAGCUCCUAACAUUUGAGAAUAUGUUCACUUUUGAUGUGGCAGCAGGUGACGGCUUACACGAAGAGACGUCGUUUGGGGCGUCUGCUUCUCCGUGCCUCCAAACCAGAGGGGAGGAAGCCAACCACUAUAUCCAGAAUGGGGCUCUCCAUUCACUUGGCCACUUGUGCGUGCAUCAGGAAGCUGGUGGAGAGCAGCAGGGUGUGACAAGGGAGCUGCAGGUGGUUGUAGCACCAGACACCUCCCAGACCUGGGAUAUUGGACUGUUGCAUCCAUGGUCCUGUUGUCCUGAUGAGGAGGGUGGCAGUGCUGCCUUCGACGCCAACAUGUGUGCUGUUCCCCAGUUAUCAAUCAUGUUUUAUCCGGUUCAGUCUGAUUCCCACGAGUCUUCUGCUGUUUUGCACCUCCAAAAUCCCGUUGCGACUGGAGACUCCCACCCAGGUGGCCCCAUAGAGGAAGCAUUGUCUCUGAUUCAUCAGCUGGAGGCACUGGUGCAGCAGAAUUCACAGCUCCAGAACCAGACCUUUCCAUUUCCUUCUGUCGAUGGUGCACCUCAGAUAGCAGGAGGAUCCACGUUUCCACCAGCCCAGCAUGGAAGUAGUUGUGCCCCCAGCUCUGAAUGAUCCUUCUACCCUUGUGAUUCUGCGUGUAGAUUUGGAAAUACAUCUUCCACUCCUAGCAUCCUUCCCUUCUGGACAGAGCUCCCUGUUCCAUACUUUGUCUUGCUUUCAAAUCCUAUUAACACUUAAUGCAAAAACAACCAAAUCGGAUUAGUGGCUUUUUAACUAUCUUGCAUAGGGCCAAUUACAACUAAA